AUGUACGCAGCCUCAAACCAAGCUACUGUCAAUGGGGAUACUCCUCCUCCUCGGACUGCAGCUCAAGUCCUGCAAGACCAGCAGCUUCGACAAACCCGAAUCCAGUCCUUCCUUGGGGACAACAACGGCCCCAGGGUCAUGCUUUCUCAGCCCUCCACCUCGGCAGAGGAUUCCAUGGCCAAGCGUCGGGCCGAAGCCGCCCACAAGAUUAACGACAUCAUGUCAAACCUCGACGGCUGA